CCGGCGCGCGGGCGUCGGCGCGGGCGUUCGAACCGGCGCUUGGCGGCGUUACCAUGGGGAUGCGGCCUGGGCGCAGGCUCAAGCUCGUGAGGUGACGGGACGCCUCGGUCGCCCGCCUUGGGGCUCUCUCCUGUCAGCGUUGUCUUCUGUCUUCAGACGGGGUUGACCGAGGAGGAAUUUGAAAGCUUCCGAGAGUUUAUACAAACCCAUUCACAAAAAUGACAUCCUGGUUAUAUGAAUGUCUUUGUGAAGCUGAACUAGCACAGUAUUAUCCUCAUUUUACUGCCUUUGGCCUUCAGAAAAUAGAUGAAUUAGCCAACAUUACAAUGAAGGACUACUCCAGAUUGGGAGUCCAUGACAUGAACCACCGCAAACGUCUCUUCCAUCUUAUCAAAAUCAUUAAGAUUAUGCAGGAAGAAGAUAAAGCAGUCAGUAGCCCAGAGUAUCCUCUUCAGACAAGCAGUCUGUGCGUCAAGCCUCAGAAAUCCAGAUCUGGACCUCGCAGACAACUGCAUUUUGAUUCUCCUGCUGACAACAAAGAUAGAGCUACCAGCAACAAUCAGUUUGAACUGUGCAAUCUAUCAGAUUUAUCUGCAAGUGAACAGAAGUCUAGUUACCUAAAAGUACUGGAGCACAUGGUACCAGAUGAUUCCCAGUACUGUACAAAAAGAAUUCUGAAUGCCACAGCUGCUGAUUCUUACAUACAAAAAGAAACUAACACUUCACUCUUUUCAUCAAAUCACUUUUCUCCAAUACAGGGAGAUUGUGAUAGUCCUGUUAUUCAAAGAGUCUCUCAUGUUAUAGGGUAUAACUAUGGAAUCCCUCAUUCCUGUAUCAGCCAGAACACCUCAGAGAAAGAGAAUCCUUGGACUGAGAUGGAGAAAAUCAGAGUUUGUGUUCGAAAACGCCCUCUGGGCAUGAGGGAGGUACGUCGUGGAGAGAUUAAUAUUAUUACUGUAGAAGAUAAAGAAACUGUAUUUGUUCAUGAGAAGAAGGAAGCAGUUGACCUCACACAAUAUAUUCUGCAGCAUGUUUUUUAUUUUGAUGAAGUCUUUGAUGAGGCAUGCACCAAUCAAGAUGUAUACAUGAAGACUACUCACCCACUCAUUCAGCAUAUUUUCAAUGGAGGCAAUGCCACUUGCUUUGCGUAUGGACAGACAGGUGCUGGAAAGACCUAUACCAUGAUAGGAACUCAUCAGAACCCAGGACUGUAUGCUCUAGCUGCCAAAGAUAUCUUCAGACAACUAGAUGUGUCCCAGCCAAGAAGGCACCUUUUUGUGUGGAUCAGCUUCUAUGAAAUCUACUGUGGACAGCUUUAUGACCUCCUAAAUAGAAGAAAAAGGCUCUUCGCAAGAGAAGAUAGCAAGCACGUGGUACAGAUAGUGGGCCUGCGAGAGCUUCAGGUGAAUAGUGUGGAGCUUCUCUUAGAGGUGAUCUUGAAGGGCAGCAAGGAGCGCAGCACUGGGGCCACUGGAGUUAAUGCAGACUCCUCCCGCUCUCAUGCUAUCAUCCAAAUUCAGAUCAAAGAUUCAGCCAAGAGGACAUUUGGCAGGAUCUCUUUUAUUGACUUGGCUGGCAGUGAAAGAGCAGCAGAUGCCAGAGACUCAGAUAGACAGACAAAGAUGGAAGGUGCAGAAAUAAACCAGAGUCUUCUGGCUCUGAAGGAAUGUAUCCGUGCAUUGGAUCAGGAACACACCCACACUCCCUUCAGGCAAAGCAAAUUAACUCAGGUUCUGAAGGACUCUUUCAUUGGCAAUGCCAAAACCUGCAUGAUCGCCAACAUCUCACCAAGCCAUGUGGCCACCGAACACACUCUGAAUACUUUGCGCUAUGCUGAUCGGGUCAAAGAACUAAAGAAAGGCAUUAAAUGUUGCACUUCAGCUAGCAGUCGAAAUCGAACACCUGGAAACUCCUCUCCGAAACGAAUUCAGAGCUCUCCUGUGGCCCUGCCAGGGGACAAGUGUUCUCCCAAAAAAGUCAAGCUGGGGCUUCAGCAGUUGCUCACAGUGGCACCUGGCUCCACAAGAGGGGAGGCCCAUCCUCUGGCCAGUCACACAGCCAAUAUCCCUUUUGCUUCUGUACCUAUGGUUCCUGGUAAAAGGGGUGGCUCUGGUGGGAGUCCUCCCCAAGAGUGGGUCAUUCAGACUAACUCUAACAAAGGAACCAUGCCGUCUGGACAUUUAGCCAAAAAACAGGUGGAAAAAUCAGCUGCGUUAUGCUCUGAGAAAAAUCUAAUUGGCAACAAAACUGCCCUCGGCUGGGGAAGCGGGGCCCCUGACCCAGGAGAAGAACCGGUCCGCGUUAAGCUGCCCUCCCGGUGCAAGAAAGUGCAGACUGUGCAGCCAGUGCAAAAGCAGCUUGUGUCAAGAGCUGAACUCUCCUUUGGCAAUGUCCACCACUUAGUAGCAUACAGUCAGGGCAGCAAGGGUGGCACACCCACCAGGACUGCCCCUGAAGCUUGGACAAACAUCCCUCCACAUCAGAAGGAGAGGGAGGAACAUUUGCGCUUUUAUCACCAGCAGUUCCAGCAGCCACCUCUCCUCCAACAGAAGUUGAAGUACCAACCACUGGAAAGGUUUUUAUGCCAAUCUCGGCCCCCAGAGGGGGAGCUCCAGAACGACACCCCUCCUCCCUUCCACCCUUGUUCUGAGAGCCACGGUGGAGCCCAAGCUGAGGACCUUGAUGACAGCGAUUUCAGUGAAGAUUCUUUUUCACACGUCCCCUGUCAGAGGACCACAAAGCAGGGAAACACCCUGGAGAACAGUGAAGGCUCGUUCUUCCUUCAUCAGAGGGAGCAAGGUCCUGAGGAGAAGAUAGCUGAAAAGCGGCAGAGUCUGUUUUUUAGCCCCAGGACAGAUGGCGAAGAGAAGGGUCUAACUGGAAGCUGGAUGUACUCCAGGGACCCCAAAAGCCACAGGAUAACACUUGAUCACGGCCACAGCCCAAGUCAGGUGCCCGUGGACUGGAGCAGAGAGAUGGACUCCACCUCCUCAGGGCCUCCUCCUGGAGAAAACCUGGCAGAGAAGCCUUACUGCUCACAGGUAGACUUUGUAUAUAACCGGAAAAGAGGUGGCAGCCCAACCUUUGACCUCAGACAGGACGCCUUCAGAAGUGAGUUUCCUGGGCGCCUUUCUCCAUCCCUGGAGGAAGAUGGUUUCACUUUCUCACUACCCCACAUCACAGUUCCUAGAUCCCCAGACCAAAGAGACACAGUGAGUAUACCUCUGAGAGAAGUCAGGGAAGAUAGCCCAACUCUGGCCACCAGAACAAUGAAAAACAGUAACCCUUUCCAAGGAGAAGACUCUAGAAGGGAAUUAGGCACACGCUCUGAGUAUGCUUCUGGACUGAUGGCUCCCCUAACCGUGUCCCUUCUGGAGAGCCCAGACGAUGAGGGCUCUGCUCCUUUGGAGCAGCCAGCCCAGGGUGGAGCUGUGCACAGUCUAGUGGCAGCAGACACAGGGGAGCCAGCUGUGGGCCACACAGUGUCAUCUGGUGAUCAAGAGGCAGUCCUGCCAAUGUCUUCGGCAACUGAGCACCUGUGGCUCUCAUCGUCUCCCCCCGACAAUAAGCCUGGGAGUGAUCUUCCAGCUCUGUCCCCAUCACCCAUCGGUCAGCACUCACCUGACAAGCUGCCCAACAGGGAGGCUGACCUGGGGGAGGCCUGCCAGAGCAGCAAGACUGCACUCUUCUCCCAAGGGCACUAUGAUGCCGAGGCUGAGACAGAGCUGGGUGGCACCCAGGGUUUCCCGGGAAAGCCCUUCCUCACCAUACAUACUGCGGGACCCCACUCUGGGCCUACACUCACCCCUCGAACAGCAAGUAGUGAUGUGGCUGACCAGCCCUUGGCCCAGGAGAGAAAGCACCCGGCAGGGCUCGGCUGGCAGGAGCUGGGUUUGUCCACAGACCCCAUCAAGCUGCAUUGCUACAAUGAGGACAUCGUGUGGCUCAAACGCAGGCCAGUCCCAAGGUACUUAGCAAGGCCAGGCUCUCCCCUGGUGCCCAGCUGCUCUCCCAAGACUGCCAGGACACUCCAUCAGCCUGCCCUGGGGCACGCACAGCAGGUGGUCAUCCAAGCACACCAGGAACAGCUGGAUGAAAUGGCCGAGCUGGGCUUCAAGGAGGAGACGCUGAUGAGCCAGCUGGCUCCUAAUGAUUUUGAAGAUUUUGUGACCCAGUUAGAUGAAAUCAUGGCUCUGAAGUCCAAGUGCAUCCAGAGUCUGAGAAGCCAGCUGCAGCUAUACCUGGCCUGCCACAGGCCGGCUGCGGUCCCUGAGAGGACAGCAGUGUCUUAGAACAAGAUCCAGUUUGGAGUGGCUGGGCUCUCAAGAGCUGGAGGGGGCCUCUGCCAGCUCCCCCUGCAGAUAUUAGAAUCCACGCCCUGAUCUCGCCCAUUCUGGCCUCUCCUUAGCCACACAUGGCCUUGGCUGUCCCAGCUCCUCCCUCAGGGCCAAGCAUCUGUCCCUCAAUUCUAAGCCCAGGGGCAUCUGUAAGGAAAGAUAGAUUGGCCUGAAAAACUUAAUAGGCCCCUCCCUUUUCUUUGGGGCUGGAGGAGGAUUUGCCUUACUGACCCCUUGUCUGUGGAAACACAGUUGGGUCUAAUAACCCUGCAGAUGUUUCUAAAUUUGGGGAUCAGAGGUUGGGGGGAUGGUCAGUGUUAACCUAGAGGUUGGAGGUCACAAGCUAGGGAAGAUAACAUGCUGAGCCCAAAGGUCUUAUCAGCUGGAUUCUGUGCUUUUCUCCAGGACUUGGUCAAAAACUAAAUCAUUGGUGCUAGUUGAAGCAGGGGCAGGGUGAGCUCUGCCCCAUCAGCCUUGGAGAUUGAUUUGGGGCUUUAGGUUAGCUUUUGAAAAUGUAAAAUGAAUAAACCUUGACUUGAUGUCUUUAACAGCAGCAGAUGUGGGACAGGCUUUAUGCUUCCAGUUCCCCUCCCUCCCUGCAAUCCAGUAUUUAGACAGAAGAGGGUGCUCGCAUCCCCCUGCAUUAUUCUUUUCCAUUCUCUACCUUUUGCUGGGACCAUCCACCUGCAUCAUGUUCCUGGCUCCUGUCU